AUGGAGUAUAACAUCCAGAUUGAACAAAAAAUACUAGAAAAGGGUCAUACCCAAAUGGAAGUAGAUUCUUGUCACAGUGCAAUAGAAUGUCAAAUUAAACACAGAGACAUCUACCUGCCUUCGCAGUACGCAUCGAUUUCGAAGGAAGCUCGUUCAAUGAAGCCCUACAAUGUACAUUUUUUAAAUUAUGACUUUUUCUUCGACUUUUCAAAAUCUCUCAUGUAUGAUUCGAUUCGACCAGGUAGAGUAGCUAAUGACCCAGUAGUUACAGAUAUCAGAGCAUUACUUUAUGAACCUGAAGGGCUUAUAAAAUAUAAACUAAGCUAUAAUGACGACUAUGUGUUAUUACCCAAAAGACCUAAACCAAGAAGCAUUCUGCCAAAACCAAAGUUGUACCAAAGCAGAAUACCAAUUUCUCAAAUUAAAUGGAACCAUUUACAAGAAUUAAAACGUGUCAUACCUAGUGAUUGUCAUAGCUUUUACGAUGGUUUGCCACAUAAAUAA